AUGACGAGGACUACGCAUAAUCACUCUACCAUAGCUGAAUUUGUUCUGAUGGGAUUUCUGGUUCCUGAGGAGCUACAGGUCAUGCUGUUCUUGCUGUUCCUAGCCAUCUACCUUUUCACUUUGGUGGGGAACCUGGGAAUGGUUCUGCUAAUCAGGAUGGACUCCCGGCUUCAUAACCCCAUGUAUUACUUCUUGAGUGUCUUAUCCUCCCUGGAUGCCUGCUGUUCUUCAGUGGUCACUCCCAAGAUAUUGCUGAAUUGUUUAGUGGGGAAUAAAUCCAUCUCUUUUUCUGGCUGUGCUGCACAAUUGUUUUUCUUGGUCACUUUUGGAACCACUGAGUGUUUUCUUCUGGCUGCCAUGGCUUAUGAUCGCUAUGUAGCCGUUUACAGCCCUCUGCUCUACAUGGCUGCUAUGUCACCCAGAAUCUAUGUGCCACUCAUUAUUGGUUCGCAUAUUGGUGGCCUCCUGCAUAGCAUUUUACAUACAGCUGCCACCUUCAGUUUAUCCUUCUGUGGCUCCAAUGAAAUCAGACAUUUUUUCUGUGAUAUACCCCCACUCUUAUCCCUCUCCUGCUCUGAUACACACAUCAACGAACUGUUACUCUUCAAUUUUGUGAGUGCCAUUGAGGUGGUCACCGUCCUGAUUGUGCUCGUCUCCUACGGCUACAUCCUGGCUGCCAUCCUGAGGAUCCGCUCCGCUCAAGGGAGACGCAAGGCUUUCUCCACCUGCGCCUCCCACCUGGCGGGAGUGACCAUAUAUCACAGUACAAUACUCGCCACGUACGUCAGACCCAGUUCGAGCUACACUCUGGAACAUGGCAUGGUGGUGUCUCUAUUUUAUUCCAUUGUGAUUCCAAUGUUGAAUCCAUUAAUCUACAGUUUGAGGAACAAAGAUGUGAAGGAAGCCUUUAAAAAAGCAUUAAAAACAGUCUGGUUCCAGUGA